UGUUCGUACUCUGUGACCGCGGGAAUAUAUGUUUUGUUUACGGUCUUUCAAAAAUGCGAUUGUAGACUAGAUUACGAAUUGCAAUUCUGCAAUAUUUAACAUGAAUUUAUUUCUUUUUACCAUAGAUAUUUUCAGUAGUUUAUGAUGAUAGCAUUUUAAUGUCUAGUUUAUUUAGGUAUUAAUUAAUUAGAUUAUUUAAACACUAUGGUGGGAUUUGAGCGUCCUGCUUCAAACAUCAAAUUCCAUGAACUGGAUUAUGCCAUUGCGGGAGCUGUCAGCGGAUUUGCUACUCGCACUUUAUUUCAACCUUUAGAUGUUAUUAAAAUUAGGUUUCAAUUACAAAUUGAACCUAUAAGUGCUAGCAGAAAAUCCAAGUACAAAAGUAUGAUCCAUGCAUUCCGGUGCAUUAGAGCUGAGGAAGGAAUCCAAGCGCUUUGGAAAGGAAUAGUUCCAGCUCAGUUCUUAUCAACAACAUAUGGUGCUUUACAAUUCACUGCAUUUGAAAUGUUAACUCAUCAAGCUUCAGAGCAUUUACCUGAAAAUUUUAAAUCCAAAGGAAAACCUUUGAUAAACUUUGCCUGCGGAGCUCUGGCAGGUGGUAUUGCAACCACUGGAAGCUUUCCUUUUGAUGUUAUGAGAACUAGAUUAGUUGCACAGGGAGAGCCAAAGAUAUAUAGAAGUAUUGUCCAUGCUGUAGUUACAAUGCUUCGGACAGAGGGGCCCCUUAGUUUUUGGAAAGGAUUGACCCCUACAUUAGUACAGAUAAUGCCUAAUGCAGGAGCCCAAUUUGCUUUUUAUAGAUUAUUUCAAGGAAUGUGGGAUUACUGCUUUCAACAUGAAGCUACAGCAGCACCCGGGGCUGUCCAAAGUACUUUCUGUGGUGCUGCGUCUGGUAUAACAGCAAAAAUGUUUGUUUAUCCUUUAGAUCUAAUUAAAAAACGAAUACAAGUACAAGGAUUCGAAGAGGCCAGGAAAGCCUUUGGUUCUGUCCGGCGAUAUACAGGCUUAAUCCAUUGUGCCUCUUGUAUUUUAAAAGAAGAAGGUAUUUUAGGUCUUUAUAAAGGUUUUUGGCCAAGUCUUCUAAAAGCUGCAUGCACUACUGGCAGCCAUUUUCUCUACUAUGAACAAACUCUUAAAGUGCUUGUCUAUUUGCAUAGGUUUGUGUUAUGAAAAUAUCUAACUGGGCAUCUUUUUUAUUCCAUCUGCCUUUGAAAUCUGUGCCUUUCUGCUCGUAAACUGAAUCAAUGGGCUGAAUGAAGCUGGAAAUGCUUCUUUUAUCAAUAAAAAAAAAUGAUAAUAAUUGUCUUAUGAAGUAUUAUUUUAUUUUAUUAAAUAUAAAAUAUUCAAUUUCUUUCUUUCUUUGAAAAUUUUAUUCUUUUGUUAUGUUUUGAAAUUUUAUUUGAUUCAAAAAGACUUAUAAAUUCCCGAACAUUUGUAAUGGAAGAUGUAAUAUAUAUGUAUAUGGCUAAAAGUGAAGUUUUGAUAAAAUAAUGACAAUCAAUAUUAAUAAUGUAUCUAAUGAAGUAAUUUGAAUUAAUCCUAGUUUAAGAUAAAAUGAUAAACCGGAAAAUAUAGAUUUAGAAUUAACUGUCUUUUAAGUGUGAUUAAUUCAAAAAAAUUUUAGUAUGUUUACAUGAUCGUUUAAUGAUACAUUUAAGUGUUUAACUGUUGUUGAAUUUGUGUGAAGCUUCAAAAAUCAAUUGAUUUCCUUUUUAUCAUGCUUCAAAUCCUAUUUCUAAUGUUUUAAAAAAUUGCUAUGAAAUGUGAUACUAAUACUCUAUUUGAAACUUUGCUGCUUUUUUUUAAAAAUCCAUUUUACUUAGAUUGGGAUAUAAAAAUCAUUAUUUGUGGUUAUUUCUGUCUGGAAACAUUGCUAUCAAAUAUUAAUAUAAAAAUUUCAUGUUUUUAGAAAAUUUAUCCAUUUGCAUAUUAUGCAUCAAAGCAUUUGUUAAAUGCAUGAAAUGAAUUAAUAAUUUCAAUUUUAUCAGCAUUUACAAGCAAGAAGUGGUAGUGAAAGUGUAUUUUUUAAAAGAAAUUUAGGCAACUUGAAAAAUUGUUACAUUUUGAGUUUGAAAAUUUUAGGAUAAUCCUAUUCAAAUUUAUUUAUUUAUUAAAUUAAAUGAACUUAAACAUGUAUCAUUAAUAUUGAUUGAAGUAGUUAAUGCAUUUAGUUCUGGUAUUUCUUUAUGUGAUAUUUUUUAUGUUACAUUUAUUUGUUAUAUUUUUGUCACAUUGAUUUUGUUUAAAACAAAUAUUAUUUUAGAUAAUUUUUUUUUCAAAAAAAUUAUCCUAAAUAUAGUGGUAACAGUUGCUUAUGAAGACAAAAGAAAAAUUCUUAAAAAUGUGGAGUUUAAUUUUAUAUUGUAAUACUAACAACAAUAUUCAGGAAUAGGUGACUUAAUUCCUAUAAAUUUUUUUUGUUUAAUAUUCUAGUCCAUUUCUAUGUAGGCAUAUUGCUAUGCUUUUGUAAGUUUAUUUUUAAUUUUUCAUAUUAUGGGUUUGAUGUAUAUAUGUGCUUAGAUAUAAACUACGAAAGCAUAAUGAUAAUGUAUAAAGUAUUAUAAUUUUUUUCAAUUAGAUAAAUACUGCAUUGAAAUUUUCUUCAUUUCAUUUAAUUGUAAUUCACUUUCAUUUUUAAAUUUAUGCUUUGCUUUUAAUUAAACAUAUAUAAUCUAUUAUGCAGUUUUGUAAAGCUUUAGAUGAGAUUUUAUUUGACACUGUAUUGCUUUCAUUUAUGUCUUUAAUUACAACUCCUUUCUGGUAUAUAUUUUUAUUAGCUUCAAUUGAAUAUAUGAUGCUCUUUCUUAAUUUAAGAAAAACAAUUGUGCAAUGUAUUUAUUUUAUAUUUUAAAACUGUGGCAUUUCAAAAGGAGUUAAAAACUCUACAGCACAAAUUGAAAUACAUGUUAAUAUUUUAUUUUUUCUGUUAAGGUGAUAUUAUGAUAUUAACAAAUUACAGUUAAAUACAUGCAUAUAAUGUAAGUUGUCAUAAAUAUGUGAGUAUGAUUCUUGGUCAUUUGAAAAAAUUCAAACCACUUUCUUUUAAAAUAAAUAAUUUAAAAAUAAUUCUCACUAUAAGUAAAAGAAAAAAUAGAUAUGAAAUGGUUUCAUUGUAGGAAGUUUUAGUUUCAACUUUUAGAGAAGAAAUUCUUUUGUUUAUUUAUUCAUUAAAUAUAAAGUUUUCUCUAUCUUUUAAAAUAAUGCACCAUGCCUUAUAUUAAAGACCCUGCUUUUUAUUAACCUUUUAUUUAGUUAUGUAUUGUUGAAUUGUUUUAGAAAAAAUAUAGAUAGAUAAUUUUUACCUUAUUGGAUGUAUUAAUUUCAGUUGCGUUUCUCAUUCUGUUUAAGGAGACUCAAGCAAAAUAUUAAAAAUAAACUGUGGAUUAUUUUAAUUUAAACAUAAUCAAUAUUUUGGUAUUUUCUUAAAAAUAUUGAAAGUAUUAUUCAUUUAUAAACA